CAGGCCUUUGUUUACAUGUCGUCCGUAUUCGCCAACCCCUCGGUUUUGAACGUGUACGAACAAUUUUACAAUUCCCCGAUACCUACGUCUACCGUCAUCCAGAUGGCCGAAACCUUUCCCGAUUACAUCCUGAACCGAAUGACUUCGGGACUCGUGUCCGAAUGGCCGGACGUGGUUACGUUUACCAAAGCGUUGUCAGAGCAAAUCUUUCAGUCUGCAGGACCAGAACUACCAGCAUGUGUCAUAAGACCAGGGUUUGUCUUGGGUACUGCAAACGAACCCAUAGCUGGUUGGACGAACGAUUUGAACAAUUUGACCGGUUGUGCUUUGGGUUCCGGUCUCGGACUGGUAAGGGUUUUUCACGGGCCCAGCUACGUUAACGCCGAAAUUGUACCCGUCGACAUGCUGGUCAAUCUUCUUCUGGUGGCAUGCUGGGAUUUAAUUGACAGCAGGAUGGAAGUUGUCAAUGAAGAAGUUCCCAAAGACGCAGUAAACACUUUGAUUUACAAUUACGCUUCGUCUAAUUAUAAACCGUGUUCUUGGAAUCAGUUGGGAGAGAUGUUUUUUAAGAACGAAAAAAACGUUUCAUCGCCAAAUUUUUUUUGGAUGCCGUUUUAUUAUGUCACCAAUAGCAUAUUUAUCUAUCGGAUGAUGACGUUUUACUUGCACUCUGUACCGGCGAAAGUUGUCGAUUUAUUCAUUUGGCUUGUAGGAAAAGAACCUAGACUGAACGAGUUUUAUAAACGAGUGCACGCAGCAGCUAAACACUUGAGUUCGUAUCAACAAAUACACGUUAGGUACCACAAUCACAACGUCAUAAGUUUAAUGAACAAAUUGUCGCCGAGGGACAAAAUAUUAUUUGAUUUCGACAUGGGCACACUGUCGUGGGACGACUAUUUUGAUAAGUAUCUAAAGGGCCUUCGGGUAUAUUUGAUGGGAAAUCCUUUGCACAUGCCCGAACCAAAAUAUAAUAACACACUGAACAGGUACCUAUGUAUAUGA